UCCUCAGUCAGCCUCUCAGGCGUCACUUGUAUGAAUGUGUAACGCUGUGUGUUAGCUAGCCUAUGAAUACUUUCAGGAUUUUUAACAGCAACGGCACAUAAAAAAAAAUCCGCGAUGGCUUCUCGAGCGGGUCCGAGAGCUGCAGGCACAGACGGAAGUGAUUUUCAGCACCGGGAGCGGGUCGCCUCCCACUACCAGAUGAGCGUUGCCUUGAAGUCUGAAAUCCGUAAACUCAACAUUGUCCAUCUUCUGGUCUGGAUUCUGCUGGCAGCUCAGGUAACAGUGAGCCAGCUUAGCCUGGUGUCUCACAAGGUGGUAGCCUCACCUUACCAGUGGGAGUACCCCUAUCUCCUGAGCAUAAUUCCCACAGUCUUUAGCUUCUUGGCAUUGCCUCGCAACAACAUCAGCUACCUGGUAAUCUCCAUGAUCAGUGCUGGGCUCUUCUGCGUGGCCCCACUGAUCUACGGUGGCAUGGAGAUGUUUCCUGUGGCACAGCAGCUCUAUCGUCACGGGAAAGCAUACCGCUUUAUCUUUGGCUUCUCGGCCGUCUCAGUCAUGUACCUGGUGAUCAUCAUUGCUGUGCAGGUGCAUGGCUGGCAGAUCUACUACAGCAAGAAGCUGCUGGACCAGUGGUUCACCACCACGCAGGAGAAGAAGAAGAAAUGAGUUCACUGCAAGCAUGCCAAGCACAGAUCUUCUGUUAGGCCUGUGUGUGCACUGAGCCAGCCAAGACUCAGAGAAGAGUCUCUUACCUUUUCCCUGGACAGCUUGUGAUGACUGUCAUCACUCUGUUCAUCAAUCCAGGGAUAACUGGAGGAACACGCAAUUGUUUUUGUAAUAAAUUUGAAUAACAGACUUGGUUGUUUGUCAUUUUGCCACAUUUGCUAAUUUGAGUAAUGUACUGAUUGAUCACUAUACAGUGUUGUUUGGCUACGUCGGGUUGUUGAUUAUUAGCCGACACGCACGCACGCACACACACACACACACACACACACAAGCACUCUUCCAUUGCAGCUAUGUGAAGACCGGAGUACCUUUCAGUCAUGUGUGGAGAAUGUAGCUGUGGCUCCAUCCAUCACAUUGUCUCAACAACUGAAACCUGCAGAUUCUUCCAGAGCAACAUGAAAUGGAUUUUCCCAUACUUGACUGGAGAAGCCACCCACCUCCUCAUUUACUGUAAUCAUACAGAAAGCUUUAGCCCAUAAUAUACCGUGUGUGGUUGUGUGUGUUUUUGUCUCUUGCUUUGUCUUUGCUGGUUUAGUCUUUGUGUGUCCAAUCAGAAAGUGAGUACCCGUGUAAAUUGUGAAUUAUUUAAUAAAAGAGCAGCCGUUUCUACAGGUAACCUGUUCUGUCCUACAUCCGAGGGAGGGGUUGGAAAGUGUUGCACCUGACCUGAGUCUAGUCUGGCUGCUGCUGGUCUGCAUUGGUGACAUCCCUGCCCACUGUUUUUCAAUAUUUCUGUUUGCUGCUGGAUUUGCUGUGCAGUGCAACUGUAAAUAGUUUUAUUAUGUUUUAUGUUUAUCUGCAACUCACUGUUAUUCCUGGCGGUCUUGGCCAGGUCAGUCUUGAUAAAGAUAGA